AUGUCGAAUAUUGUGGACAAGGAGCAUAACGCGACGUCUCGUUCUGCGAUUGGCGACUCUUCGAAAACUGUGCAGCCUCGGGAGCCCCGAAAGGGAGCGACGAUCUCUUUCUUCCGGCGCCCUUCUAUAUUGCACAGCGCAAUAUAUGGCACCGUUACAGGAUUGGUGUUUUACGGCGGAUACUUUGUAUACCGCGCUUUGAAGCUCGAAAAUUGCAACACGGAAUACUAUGCUAGGCAGAGCCGUUGGCGCCAUUUUGAGAAGCAGCAGUUGUUUCAACGGGAGCUUAGUCAAAACAUGAAUGCCCAUUUCGUUGCUCACCUCUCCCAGGAAUACGAUCCGGUGGCAGUUCGUAGGCCUGGCGCUCCACUUGAUCCCAAACAAAUAUUCUGA